CACAAAGAACAACAAGAGCCGCCUUAAGAGAGUGUUGAAAUUCUAGGCCAUGGUACUGUACAGCAGCUCUUACUCAUUUGUGGAACAUAACAGUUCAGUUAUUGGCUCUGCGAUCAUUCAUCUAAAUUAAAUUAAAUUACACUAAAUGACAUUGCUGUACACAAUACCCAAGUGUUUGAUCAGUUGUGUAUAAACAGGAAACAUGUUUCCAAAUUGUAAGUGAUGUUAAAAUCCCGUUGUGAAAUCCCAUCUCAUCCUGCUCGCUAUGACACAGACUCUUUCUCGUUACUGCAUCUCCCCCUGUGGGAGUUCCUACUGUUCCCCACAGAGCAUAAACUGCUGGAGGUGAUUCAUGACGCCUGUCCCAACCAAUGGGGGGAAUGAGUUAGCAGGUAUUUACUGUAUGUGAACCUGAAAAACAAGCUUGGAAAUACCUCAUCUUACUGGGGCUUUGUUUAUUGCCCCGCCCUCUACCCUCCAAAUCUGCUCAAACAUACACAGUCUUUCCAAACAUUUCCAUUCCUACACAUUUUUGGUUCAGCUUUAGCAACAAUGAUCUGAACUUGCUUCAAACCCAGAUCAGAAAACACAAAAGAUCAACUGCUGACGCAACUUAUCUCCCAUUACUCUGGUAAUCAGACACUCCGUGGGUUAAACAUCUCCUCUUGCAAACCAAUGCACUCGUGUGCACACAAACCACAGUUUCUGUAAAGCUUACUUUCCGUUUCUCUUCAGGAAGCUCUCACAUUGUUCAGCAGCCUUCAGCUGUCUUUUUGAUGCAAAUGAACUGUUUGAACUGCGCCUUGCCCGUUGCCAUGUACCUCUACUUUCCAGACCAGUGGAAAAAUAUGUGUAAUUGUAAAUGUCAUCUGUCUAUAUCUCCCAUGUAGUGUCAUACUCCCUCAAGACACUUUCAGUUGGAGAUUAGAGACGGUUCAGAAGUUAAGAGAAGUAUUUUAAUGUUUGCUGAAAUGACACCGGGUUCAAACCGCACAGUGACAAUCUCAAGGAAAGGGAUUGAAAGGAAUUGCUGUUUACUUUACAGACAACAGUAUCCCAGAAUUGAAAAGGUGUGCCGCGUUUCACAGUCGAGACCAAAGGAUCAAAAACAGACAAAAUCUCCCUGCAUCAGGACCUAUUUAAAAUUUUGCUUCAAGGAUCGGACGAGGAUGGAGCAAAGGGACACAACAGGGGAUCCUAAUGCAGACGGGACUGAAGUCAGACUCAGGGAGCUGACAUCAAAGUGGUUCAUAGAGACUCAGGUGCCACUCAUGGUCAGCAACGGACUCCUUCCAGCUUGGUUCCUGGGCUUCAUCACAAGACGGGAUGCUGAAGGAAUUCUUAAAGAAAGGGAGCUCGGCUGUUUCCUGAUCCGUCUUAGUGAAAAGGCCAUCGGGUACAUCCUGUCCUAUAGAGGCAGGGAUCGUUGUCGACACUUUGUGAUAAACCAGAAUGAAAUGGGGCAGUUUGUAGUCUAUGGAGACACCGAGGUACACGACACAGUGCCCAGUCUGGUAGAUUACUACAAAACAAGCCCCAUUGAACCAUAUGGAGAGUACCUGACAAAUUCGUGUUUUGAGGCCCUGGAUGAAGACCUAUAUGAUGUUAUCCAGAUUAGCCCCAAAGAAAAACCUGUUGCCGCUGUCAGCGCUGUGAAGAACAGGCAACGAAAACAGAUAAACUCGAGUUUAGAUGAGCAGCCUAAACGGCCACCAAAGGGCAACAGGGCGCACGAGGAAGGUCCGCCGUUGCCUCGAAGGAGCAGGCACCUCGAUAGUGCCACCAUCAAUGAGCAUGAGGGGGUUUUGUACGCCCAGCUCAGGAAGCAGUCGCCAAGGGUUACACCCAGAGACCAACACAUGCAUCAGGACAGUUUACCCAGACCUAAUUCGAGUUCGACUUCCAAGGAUCAAAUCAAUGGCAGAUGUAGUCCUCCGUCACAUCCAGAAUCCGUUUACUCGGAGCUCAGCAUCCUAGACAGCAAAAGCAGGUCUCUGCCACUCCUGGACAGCAGUUCUGACGGGGAGCAGUCUUAUAGACUGAACGCACCUCCCGACACCCCUCCGAGACUUUCCCCCAGGCCAGUCAGACAAGGUAACGGCAGCAGCUCCCAGUCAGAGAAGACAGAUUUGGGCAGCAGACCAAGCAGCAGCCACAGCCUGGACUACUUGAGUGAUAAUGCAGUUUAUCACCUGGCUGGCAGGCCCGGGAGCCCACACACUACGUCCUUUGACACUAGAUUGUCAAUACCAGAGGAGCGCACAGAUUCUGUGUAUGCCGAGGUCCCCGGCGAAGCCCCCGCUGACUUCACAUAUGAGCCGAUUCGCGGCCACAAGGAACCAAUCAACCCUAAAGCCAGCAGCAACACUUACGAGCCUCUGGAGGACAUGAGACGCAAACAGACCAACUCGUCCUGGGGAUUUAAGAACGACAAAUGGAAGUGGCUCUUCCCUGAGAACAAGAAGAAAUGGUAAAGAGGCUACUUUACAGCGUACUGAGGAAAACGUUUACUUGUUUUGAUGAUUUCACACUACUACUACAUAAUACACUCUGGAAAACCACUGUUAUGUAUUAACGAUUUAAUGAGAACUUAUGUAUGGUUUUUUUAACGUAUUUAUUUAAAAAUAUAACGAUACGUGUGUAGUUUCCUUUCCACGAACAGGUUUUUACAUGUGGUAAAAACUGUGUUACGUGUAUGUCAUAUUAAAAGCAAUCUACUGUAUAAGAGGCUCUAAGAUCAUUAUUAUGCCAUUACUGUUAUUAGAAUAUUACUAAAUAAUUACUUUCGGGGUGAUCAUUAGGGUGGGGAAAAUGUACAGCAGUGCCCUACGCAGGUUUCAGGGGCCCCAAUGAAAGUAUGACUGUAAAGGGGGAAAAACCUGCUGUUCAGUCCACAGCAUGUGAUUCACCUUGAACUGCAGCUUAUGUUGAGGAGAACUGUUUUCAUCUACUUCUCAUCAGUGCAGACAAACCUGGGCGUAUAUGCUACACUUUCCUGUCAACAUGUAUCCUGUAGAUGCAUAUAUGUAUGCAGAUAUGUCUACGGGCUGUAGGUAAUGGAGAAGAGGAUAACUGUGAAGAAAUGAGGAUGUGCGGUUUAGAGCUGCUGUGGAGCGAUGACAGCAUUUCCACGUGUGGAGCUCGAGAUGCAAAUAAUAAAUAAAAAUAAAUCAGGAUACAACAACUUACAACUAUUAUUACUGCUAUGAAAAUGCUUCCACCUUUAGCUUGCCUUGGCCAUGUAAUGCACUCUGGUUAUGGUUUUCCAUCGCUCACUCAAAGAGCAUUCCCUGAGAACACUAAAUCAUGUUGUCACAGAAAAUUACCAUAUGUGGAAAUUCAUCUCAUGGCACCGUGUUUACAGUUGAUCUUUAAAAAUGUUACAUGCUGCUUCCGUCAGUUUUGCACAUUCACAGGAAACUUUAUUUGCAUACAGUUUUCAAACGUCUGUUUGUGACACCAACGGGGAAGUGGGUUAAAGGUUUAUUAACUUCUAUCAUUUGCUUUUACUUUUUUAAUUAUACUUUUACUGGGGCCAGUAAAAGUACAAUAAAGGGAAUACUUAGUGUAUAUCUUUCAUGGUUAUCCUCUGAAGCAGUAAAAAGAAAAAAAAAGGGGGAGAAAAGUAGAGCUACUGUGUCAUUUCAUGUAGGACAGUGUGACAGAUGUUAGGAAAUAAGCAGUUCCUGGUUUAAGUCAGGCAGUGCAGACUAGGAUAUGCUAAAGCUCUUGAUAAUCAAACAUUCAGCUUGGCAGAUCAUUAACUUUGUGGCAUUUCUGUCGCCUUCUGUUUCACAAUUGAGAUCUACAUGAUAAAGCGUCACUGGAAAACAUGGGGUAAUGAUUUUAAAAACUUAUCAAAGACAAGAGUCAUAACUGCCUGACUGUAUUUCUGCACAUCUGAAAGCACACUGACAUAACAAAAUGUGUAAGGUUGACAGCGAUUAAGCAGUACAUUCUUACAAUUAUAUAAAUAACU